GCCGCCACCGCCUGCGGGAGACGGGAGGCCGGUGGGGACUACGCCUCCCAGGGCGCACCGCGCGGCGCGCUGUAUGCUGGGACCUGUAGUUUUCCUGAGGUGGGGGCGUGGCGGGUCCCGCGCUGUGGCGGCGGGAGACCGGCGGCGGCGGGUAGCAACGGCCCACGCUGUGGUGCUUGCGGGGGCCGGUGGCGGUUGCGGAGCACAGGAAGGCGGAGCCGGGUCCGGACUGCUGUUAUCCACCGGCUGCUUCCCCGGGAGCCGGCGGCGUCCUCAUGCGGGCGCCCCGCGGGGAACCCGCCCUGGAAGAGUCCCUGGAGCGGUACCAGAGGCGGCUCCGAGAACGUGCUAGUGAAAGCAUCCAUCAACUGAAAUAUGCCUUAGAGGAAAGACAGUUUGCAGAGGAUGAGGGUGAAGCUGGAUUUGACCAGUGCUUCGUGGACAGGGGCAAUGAUGGCAGCAGGAAUGCAGCCUGGCAGGAACUGCGGCACAGUCACGCAGUUAAUCAACUUAAAAUUUUGUUGCAACAUCAAGAAGGAAUGGAAAGUGAAGUCACUCCAUCAAGGAAGAUGUCAUUCUGCAAACCGCCAGAAGGUGCAACUGGAGACUUACCAGCCCUUUCUGAUCUCGUUCCUAUAAUCAAUGACCAGUCACAGUACAUUAACCAUUUAGAAGCAGAAGUGAAGUUUUGCAAGGAGGAAUUGUCUGGGAUGAAAGAUCGAGUACAAGUAGUUGUACUUGAAAAUGAGGAGCUCCAUCAGAAACUGAAAUUCUUAACUGCAGAACGUAUGAUGAGAGAACAAACUCUUCUAGAUGCCUCGGCAAAUACACAGAGCUCCUGGCCUGUAGGUGGUAAUGACUGUAGCGUACAUCAGCCUGUCACCUCAUCACCAGCACAUAACAAAGAUCAGGCUUUUGUUACAGCAGCGGUUGGAGAAAUAGAAAAAUGGCAUGUAGAACUGGAGAAACUAAAACUUCUUUAUCAAGAAAAAGUCAAUAUCCUUGAUGCUCAAAUACAGUCUCUAAGAAAAGACCUUGCAGAAUCUCAGAAGACAUGCAAAGAUUUGGAAGGAAGGCUAAAACACCAGAAGUCACUUGUUUCAGCCACGAAUUUGAGCCGGGUUGGUGGUCUGUGUCUGAAAUGUGCACAACAUGAGGCAGUUCUUGCACAGACUCAUUCUAAUGUUCACAUGCAGACCAUCGAGAGGGUGACAAAAGAAAGAGAUGAUUUGAUGGAUGCACUUGUUUCACUGAGACGAAACAUGAAAGAGAUGCAGCAAAGAGAAUCUAGUGCUUGUGAGCAAGUUAAACAAGCUGUGCAAAUGGCAGAAGAGGCUGAUUUAGAAAAAACAAAGGCUCUAGUCCAGUGUGAGCAGCUGAAAAGUGAGAUGGAACGGCAAAAGAAUCGUCUUGAAAGGGAGUUAGCUGCCCAGCUAAAUAAGAGGACUGACGAAAAAGAAGCACUGCGGGAAGAAAUGAAGAAGGAAAGGGAGGACUUGGCAGCAAUGGUGAUGGCCAUGUCUGAGAAUGUGGCCAUGUUGGAGGCUCAGGUAGAGAGAAUUACAAGGGAAAAAAACUCUCUGGCUAACCAGUUAGAAGAAUCACAACAUCAGCUUGCAUCUCAUGAAAUGGAGACGAAUAAGGUGUGUGGAGAAAUGCGCUAUCAGUUGAAUCAAACCAAAAUGAAGAAGGAUGAGGCAGAAAAGGAGCUCAGAGAGUACAGAACAAAAACUAUAAGGGAGCUUGAAAUUAAGGACCAGAAAAUAGAAAAACUGGGAUUAGAGCUGAAUGGAAACAAACAGCGUCUGGAACAAGCCCAGCAGGAUGUGACAGGAGCCAGAGAGGAGUGCCUAAAACUGACAGAACUGCUGAGUAAAUCUGAGCACCAACUGCACCUCACCAGGUUGGAGAAGGAGAGCAUUCAGCAAAGCAUUAGCAAUGAAGCAAAGGCCCGAGCCCUUCAGGCCCAGCAAAGAGAGCAGGAGCUGACACAGAAGAUGCAGCAAAUGGAGGCCCAGCAUGAGAAAACUGUAAAUGAACUGGAUUGCUUGCUGACCUCCCAGAAUACAUUCAUAGCAAAACUAAAGGAAGAAUGUUGUUUGUUGGCAAGGAAGUUGGAACAAAUGUCAGAAAAAUACAGAUCUGAAGUCAACCAGCUUAGUCAGGAAAAAGAGUAUCUUCAUGGCAGAUUGGAGAAGAUGCAGAAACGGAAUGAUGAAUUGGACCAACAGUGUAUCCAGCAUGGGAGAAUGCAUGAGAGGAUGAAGUCGAGGUUACAGCAGCUUGACAAGCACUGCCAGGCCACUGCCCAGCAGUUAGUGGAGCUGCUCAACAAACAGAAUCAGCUCUUCAAAGAGAAGCAGCUGCUUACAGAAGAGGUGCAGUUUCUGCGAACGCAGGAAAAAAAAUGGGAUGCAGAUCUCAAACAGGACACAGAUGGAAUCAAGUAAAAACCUGGAUGGAUGAAGAGAAAUGAGCAGAACUCUGCUCUGCACCCGGCGGAAGCUCGGGCUCGUCUGAUGCUCACCCAAAGACACCUCUGCAGAAAACACUUGCUGGCUCAUUUCAACUGGUUCCUAUUUAACUACUGAAUCAUAAAUAUUUUGAAGCAUUAUCAGCC